AUAUUAAUUAAAUAUCAAAAAUCAAAAGAAAGAAAGAAAAAUAAUUAAUAUACAAACAAACACAAGCAUUUAAUUAUUUGUUUUUUACAUUAUAAAUAAUUAAAAUUUAAGGAGAAGUACAAAGCCAACAAAAUUUUAACAAAAUUAAAGGCAAGCAAAGUUAAAUACAACUCUCAUAAAAUAUUUUUCAAAUUUAGUGAUAAGGAUAGCAUCCCUUAAAUCAAAUUAGACUUACAGAUAGCAAUAAGUAUUAAGAAAUCGUUAGUUAGUAUUAGGACUAUGUUAAAUACAUAAAGUAGUGAAUUGGCUGAGAGCAUUCAGGACUUAAAAAACUUUCAAGUAUUUGUUAGAGUUAGACCACUAAACAAAGAUGAUUAGUAGUUAUCAUCUCGCAAAUAGCCAGAAAGAUUAUAUAGAGCAUCUAAUUUAAGCAUUUAACAUUAGUAGUAAUUAUCGAGCCUUUGUGGCUCUUCAUCACCUCAUCAUUCCCCUUUUGGUUCUAAACAGAAUGGUGGAAACUCAGCUAAUACCACUUAGCAAGGAUCAAAUUUCAAUAAUUCAUAAUUCUACACUCAAGUUUUCAAUAGCAGUGUUUAAAAUUAGACAGAAAUUUAGAAUAGCAGCAUAAUAAAAGUGGAUGAAGAAAAUAAUAUUAUAUUUCUUAAUGAUCCUGAUUAUAGAAAUAUUGAUAAAAGAGAAAAGGCUUAUGUUUUUGAUGGAGUUUUGUCUGAAAACUCUACAAACUACGAUACAUUUGAAAAAGCAGUAUUGCCUUCUUUGAAUGGAAUUUUGGAAGGUUACAAUGCAACUUUCUUUGCCUAUGGUAUCACUGGCUCUGGAAAAACUCACACAAUAUUUGGCAGGAACGGAGGUUUGAUAAAACCGUUCAAUUCAUUUACCUAUUCAAUUUCUUCACAAUAAAAUAACAUUUACAGCAACGGCAGUUGCAAUGCAAAUUUAGAUAUCCCUAGCAUUUCCAGUAAUCUUCAAGACAGAAAUAUCGCUGAUAGGGGAAUUUGUUACAUAGCAAUUGAAUAUUUAUUAUAAAAUUUAGAUUUAAAAAAUACAACACUUAAAUUUAGCUUUUUAGAAAUUUAUAAUGAAAACGUGCGCGAUUUGCUUAACGGAUAGAAUAACGCGAAGGGUUUAACCAUUAUCGAAGACCCGAUUACCAAAAACAUAUGUGUUUAAGAUUUAAAAGAAUUUCAAAUAACAAGCAUAGCAUAAAUUGAUGAGUUAAUUCAAGAAGGAAACUAAAGAAGAGCUCUAGCUCCAACUUAAGCUAAUUCUUUUUCUUCAAGAUCGCAUGCUAUACUAAUUUUAACUAUUUACCAGAGACAAUAAAACGCACUUACUUAAGUAGACGAAAUAGUAACAUCAAAACUCACAAUUAUCGAUUUAGCAGGUAGUGAAAAAGGAUGUGAUAAGCCAGGUAAAGGGUCACUAGAAGGCUCAAAUAUAAAUAAGAGUCUCUUGGCUCUAGGAAACUGCAUUAAUAUACUAUCUGAGAAGAGGAAAGUUGGUCAUCAUGUUCCAUAUAGAGAUUCAAAAUUAACUAGAAUACUCAAAGAUACUCUAGGAGGUAAUACAAAAACUGUUAUGAUUGCUUGUGUAUCUUAAAAUUAUCAGUCUCUAGAAGAAACUGUAAAUACUCUUAAUUAUGCAUCAAGAGCAACACAUAUCAAAAGAAAAAUCAGUAAAAAUAUUACUUAAGAACUGGAUUACUAUCAGUAAAAAGAGAUAAUAAGAGAGCUUUAACAAGAAUUAGCAUUUUACAAGAGUAAAUAUGGCUCUUCUACAUCGCAAAGCUAGUAAGCUGCACCAAUUUAAGGGACUAAUUCAUUACUUGUUCCUUCUUCUUCAAGCAUGUGUGAAAAUUGCUCAAAAAACAAGAAGUCAAUACUUUCAUACGAUUGCUCUAACUUAGAAAGUGUUUAUACAAAAUCUACAGCUUAUUCUUCGAUUGAGACAAAAAUUAAACAAGAGAGAUAGGCAAUUCAAGGAUAAAUAUAAGAGUUAACUGAGUAAAUCAAACAAUCACUUAUGUUAGAAAACAGUCAUGGAGAUGCAAUAACUUAGGAUCUGAUUGAAUAACACAUAAGAAUGAGGAAUGAAUAAAAUGGAAAUUAGGAAGAAUUUUUGAAUAGAAUUUGUAAUGACUUAUUCCAAAAUGUAGUAGAAAGCCAUCAACUUAUUUCAUCUCUCUAAGAAAUAGAAGAGCUACUUGUUCAAGACUACUAAAAACUUCUUUUCUACCAAAAAAAUCCUCUUUAGACACCAUAAGUUUAAAUUAUUAUUAACCAACUUUAAGAAUCUAUAAGAGAAAAUGAAGAAAUUAAAGAAAAAAUGAAACUAGUUCUUGAAACCAAUUAAGAAUAAAAGUAAAAUCUUAAAUAUGUCUUGCUAAGAAUUUCUAACAAAAAGCAAAUUCAGAUGGAGUACGAUCUUAAGUUAAGGAAAUAACAAUUAGAGUUACUAGAUUUGUUAGAAGCAAAGAGUGACAUAGAAAAGUAAUUAACUGUAUCCAAUUAGAUCAUAGUUGAUAAAGAUAAAUUAAUUUCUCAAAUUACAUAAGAAAAUGCACUGCUCAAACAAUAAAAGAAUGCAUUAAAUUUAAGAUAAUAAGAAAAGCAGGCUGAUUUACCUUUGUUGUUUAGCAAUGUUAGAACUCAAGGCGAUGAUCAAAGAUAAAAUUCUUAAGAUAGAUAAAAUAGCUAACUUAAAGGGAUGAUUAAUUUAAUAAAUAGCAGCAACUAAAGCUCACAUAACAAACCAGUUAAUUAAAAUCAAACAUUCAGCUAAUAAAUAUACUAGCAAGAACAGUAAAAGAAAAAUUAAUCAGGGUUUGAUCAAGUUAAAAAUGUUACAAUAUCAAAUCUCUUUACUUAACAAUCUUAGCUAUCUUCUUCUUCUGCUUCUUCUUCUCAAAAUUUAAUUCCUUAAUCAUAAAAUCAAAAAUAGAAAAUACCAAGUUUAACUCCUUUGACAAAAGAUCUUUUAAAUUACGAUAGUGCCAAUAAUGUGCUCGCCGGUUAGUAACUAAUUUAAUAAGAACAACAAAAGAAAAACUAUUCAGGGCUUGAAUCAGUAAAAAACUAUGCCAUCCCAAAUUUGUUCGCUUAACAAACUUAGUAACAAUAGUAAUAAGUCUCUUAAAACCUAUUGCAACCAUCUUAAAACCAAAAAUAGAAAAUGAACAGUCUCACUCCAUUAUAAAAAGACCUUGCAAAUUAUGAUAGUUCUAGCUUAAACACUUUGCAUAACAAAGGGAGUGUCAGCUAAACAUCAGUUCAAUUAGUUAAUUCUCCUUAAAAUUAAAUGAAUAUUAACACAACGAUUACAAAUCUUAGCUUAACUCCUAAGAAUGAUUCAAAAAGUCUUAUUUAACAGCCUUUGUCUAAUUCAAGUACAAUUUUAAAUGGAAGUAAAAUCCUAGCCAAAUCACAAAAUAAUAAUUUAAACACCUCUAACUAAUAAAAUUUAAUUAUAAAUGCUAACAUUACUAACAGUAGAAAUUAUAGCUCUAAUUAGCCUUCAACAAACAGUAUCCAAGAAAUCAAUUUACCUUUGACUUUCGGCUCAUACACAAAUAGUAACAAUUUAUCGAAUCCUGCUGGCGUAACAAGUUCUAAUAUUGCAUUAAACAAUUCAAAUUUACCUGGAAGCUUGUUGAAAUAAAGCCGCAGCUAGAGUAAAAGUGGAAGAUAUGAUAACAACAACAGCUUACUUGAAAAGACUAAAUAAUUAGUAUCAGACAGACUGCUCUUGGAUGAGAAAAAGACUUUCUUAGAGGAAUAAUACUAUAUGAGCAAUAAUAACCAUUAAGUUGAUGCUUAAAAUAAUAACACAAUAAAUAAUUUUCAAUAAAACAUAUCUCUAUAUGAUAAUAGUACAUCUAAUAAUCCCUUAGAAAAGACAUACAUGAUUUCUCCUAUGGAUUCUUGUAAAAACCCAAUGGAAUCCAGAGAUACUGGACUCAAUAUUUCUACAAAGAAAGAAGACGGAACACCUCAAAACUUAAUCAAAAGUAAUAAUGCUAUAAAAGUUACUAAUGUCUAUAAUGACUUCAUAUAUCAGCCUUCAUCUCUUCAUACCCCAACAAAUAUCUUGUCUACUUAAUAAGAUAUAACCUAUACAUCUAAUAAUAAUACAAAUAACUAAAAAUAAGCAAGAAGAAUCAUUAAUUAUGAUAUGGAUGACUUUGAUGAUGACUGCGAACCAAAAAUAAUGAGCAGAAGAAGCUCUGAUUGCAACGGAUAGCCUUCUCAUAUUAGUAAUCUCCAUAUAAAUGAUUCAAUAACUCUCAAAAACCCUCUUGAAACUGAGAGCGAGUUAGAUAAUGAAGAAAUAAACAGCUCAAAUAAAAAACAACAUAAUUUUUAAAACUCUCCAUAAAUUCAUAAAACCUCAAGGACAAUAUGCACCACAAACGUGAACCUAAAAAAGAAAAACUUUGAUGUCUUCGAAAGUGAAAUUUGA